GCGCAAGCGGAACUGCCUUAGAGCGGCAGAGGAAGAGGGAAAUUUAAAAGUGUAGGCACUUAUUCAGUGUCAACACCAGCUGUUAGGGGAACGAUCCUAAAUAGGCCACUGCUUCCUGUGCACGUACACUACACAGCCCAAAGAAGCCGUUAUGUCCUUCCCUAUCUAGUGCACUUACAUCAGAAGCAGGACGCCAUUUGUAAUUCCGCCAGUGUAGUCGCUAUGGCAGGAAGCCGUCUCACCCUGGAGUUUACUGCAGUGUAAUAUAGCUAAUACACGGCGUAAAUAAUCUAUAAUGGACCAUUUCCGAGUUUCGUCCUUGUGUCUGGACUCUCCUUCCAAACACAGCUAUAUUGGGAGCUUUUACGCGCCUCCGGACAGGAUUCCCGCGCAGCUGAUGGGUCAGCACCAGCACAGGUCCAGCAACAGCCUGAUGAAAGCCAGCAGACAGACCCAUGACCCAGAGCCUGGCACCGGCAGCAGAGCAGUGAUAGCAGCACUGAAAACCCUGCAGGAGAAGAUGAGGAGGCUGGAGCUGGAGCGUAUGCAGGCAGAGAAGAACGUGGAGAGGUUUGCUCAGGCUGCACGCCAGGUUGCCAGCUCUGGAAACCAAAGCAGUCAGCAGAUGCAGAGCAGAGAGGGAGAAUCCUCAAAGAGAAAAGAGCUGGUAUCUCAGUUACACUCGGCAGAAGCUCGGUGCUCUCUGUUGGAAAAACAGCUGGAAUACAUGAGGAAGCUGGUGGAGAGCACACAGAGAGAGAAAACCGCUCCAGUGGACAGAAAGGAGUGUGUGCAGCAGCAGCAGCAGAACAAACCCACUGAGCCACAGAUCCAGGCUCAGCUGCAGAAACUGGAGGAAGAGUGUAUUAAGCUUACCAACACACAGUCUGAGGCAGAGAGGAAGAUUAAAGUCUUGGAACAGAAGUUACUCGAAGAGGAACACGAGCGCAAACUCGUGCAGGAGAAAGCUGAGGAGUUACAGAGAGAGCUGGAGGCUAACCUGCUAUUUUCAGCUGCUGAGGUGAAACCCAAGAAGAAGAAGAAGACCAAGGAGAAGACCUUGAGUAAGAAAUCCGCUAAUACGGAGGUUCCUCGAUGUGUCCCUAAGACCAAGCGAAUGCCGUUCGUCGCUGGAACAUCAACAAGCCCUAGUCACUCAGUUAACGCCAACGUUCAGACUGUGCUGCAUCUGCUGAAGACCAGGCAGCCUCGGACGUGUGAGAGGAUGCAGUCUCUGCGUGACUGCGAGCCUAAAAAACGCAGCGGCUCUCACCGAGCCCCGCAAUCCCCCAGCGACGGAGCUGCAGCUAUGGGCAGCCUUUCUGAGCUGCUGCUAGCCCUGCAGGACGAACUGGGCCACAUGAGCUUUGAACAUCAGGAGCUGGUCAGGCAGAUAGAUGAGACUGAUAAACGCGAGCUGAGGGAGGAUCUGGAGAGAGAGCUGGACUGCUUAGUCAGGAGGAUGGAAGAGAAGGCGGCCCAAAUCACCAAGCUACGCAAGCACCAGCAAACCGUCCAAAAGCUGUCCCAGGGCAGUCCGAAGCAGAAGCCGAAGCCAAGGCGCGCAGCGAGCGCUGACAGCCGGUGUUUAAACAGAGUCCAGGUAGUGCCUUCGUCUGUAGGUAAAGCCUCGCCCUCCAGACCACAGAGGCAUCAGUCGGCCGGUCACGAGCGUCUACAGCUGCUCCGAGACGCCCAGAAAAUGCAGUCGAGUCUCCGCCAACAAGACAUCAGCUGGGAAACAUAAAUCCUCAAUAUCCUGCUCAACUCUGAGCAAGGAGCAGAGGAAAGAAAGUGAGGACAAACACUGAAAUGUAAAUGUGUUAUUACUGUGAUCGCUCUAAGGAUGUGUAUUUUGUGAUGUAAAGCUCAUAACUGUUGACAGAAUGACCGAUGUGUGCGUUUGUAUAUUUUUUUUUAUGAUGUGUCCAUGUUUUCUUGUCAGUCUUGGAGUUUAAGUAGGGUUUUUUUUUUUUUCAUGGUUUUUAUUAUAUACAUCUUUGCACUGUAUAAAUAUUUAAAUAUUUUAAUAAAAUAUCAUCAUGGAUA